AUGGAGAGCGACGACUCUGCGACCGACUCCUUUAACCCGGACACGGAUGUUCUCGCCACAUAUCUGGAAAGUCUCACAAUGAGCGAUGAUGUCCUCGACUCUCCCCGUAGGCUUGGGGAUUUCAUGUGGGCUCGCUUCAUCUCGCAGCCUCCGGAUAUCACGUUACUGCACGAGGCCAUCAGCGCGGCAAAGACAGCACUCAGCCUCCAUCAAGAGUCGAGCGAUCAGGUUCAACUUCUCUUCGACCUAGGACUUCGACUUCGCGCCCGCUCGACGCUUAAUCACUCGCUCGAUGAUCUCGAUGAAGCCGUCAGGGCUUUUCAGCGUGCCAUUGAUGUCUCAUCUGAUGAAGACCCCCGCAUGCCAGAGCUGGUCUACCGACUGGGCCUUUGUCGUUUCGAUCGCUUCGAGCUCAAUGACGAGAUCCAUGAGCUAGAAGAUGCCGUUACAGCCUUCUGCUGUGCUGUUGAGCUGAUGUCCGAUGACCACCCGGACAAGCUCUAUGCUCUCAGCUCCUAUGGAGGAUCUUUGAAUACCCGUUUUGAAAGGAUGCAUGAGCCCGAAGAUAUAGAUCGCGCACUGAUCGCAUUUGAAAACGCUCUCGAGCUUGUUCCGAAAGGCAGUCUUGAUAGAAUCGAGUUUUUGCAUGCUAUGGGUGAUGCAUUUGAGACACGAUUUGAACUGACCGGGGAGGUCAGGGAUCUCGAGCGGGCUAUCUUAUCUCAGCGGGGAGUUAUUGAGCUCAUGCCUGUCGACCACCCUCUCAGACCUACGCUUCUGACGAGGCUGGGUGGUUUGCUUGUACGUUUGGAUGGUGCGGGAGAACCGGAUGACAUCGAGUCACAGGCUAUCUCGCUAUAUCGCACGAUUAGACUCACAUCUCAUGACGACCCUACCUGGUCCUCACAGUUCCUUAAUGUCAUAAAGUCGUUGCAUGACAGGAAUUCGAGCAGUGCGGAGGAUCUCGACGACAUUGAAAAGGCCAUCGCAUAUUACGAUCGUCUGGUGAAGUCUUCUCCAGAUCACGAUCCUUGGAAGAUCACGUACUUGCGUGAUUUAGGCGAUGCCUUCGCCAAGCGAUUCGUACGCCUGGAGAAUUUCUCCGACCUUGAGCAAGCGAUUUCAUUGUUUCGUCGCGCGAUCGAGCUCUCAUCCGAUGACAACACUUUCAAGUCGUUACUUCUGAUGAAUCUAGGCGACUCGUUGACGCGGAGGUUUGAAACUACUGGCGAUAUCAUUGAUGUUGACGAGGCCAUCUCAGUCCAUCGCCGUGCUCUCGAGAUUACCCCGGACGAAAGCAACGUAGUGAAGCCCUCACGACUAAACAACCUUGGUGAUUCACUUGUUGCGCGGUUUUUGCGUACCGGACAGCGCGAUGACAUAGAUCAAGCCGUUUUGUCCCACCGAAGCGCUGUCGAACUCUCGCGUGAUGAACACCCUAGAAGGGCUCACUUGAUAAACAGUCUAGGAAACUCACUUUUCAUGCGUUUUGAGCAUUUUGGUGCACGCGGAGAUAUCGAUCAGGCCAUUUCAUCUUAUCGCACAGCAGUUGAUCUUACUGCGGACGGCCACCCUGAUAAGCCCUCCUGGCACGCCAAUCUGGGUGGUUCUCUUCAUAGGCGUUUUGAGCAGACGGGAGAGCUCGACGAUCUUGAACAGGCGAUCUCAUUCCUACGACGCGCGGUAAAAGACAUACCAGACGGCCAUCCCAGGAAGGCCUCACUAGUUAGCAACUUGGGAGCCGCGUUUCACACCCAUUUCCAGUGCAUCGGUGAGCUGGAUGAUCUUGACCAUGCCAUCGCGGCCCAUCUCUACGCGAUCCAACUUACGCCAGAUGAGCACCUCAAACGGCCUAUGCGUCUUAACAACUUGGCUAUCUCGCUUGCCAGACGCUCAGACCUUACCGAAAAUCCUAGCGAUCUCGAGCAGGCAAUAUCUGCACAACGUUGUGCGGUGGACCUGGUAUCCGAUGAUCAUCCCCAGAAGCCGAUGUACUUGAGUAACCUCUGCCUAAGGUUGCACGAACGAUUCCAGCGCUUACAAGAGACAUCUGAUCUUACCACUGCCAUCACGGCAAUAAACAGGGCGAUUGAAUUGGAUGCAGGACACUCGAAUCUAUCCUCUCACCGCAAUAAUCUUGCGCUUUGUUUGAUCAGUCGCUUUGAACAUACGGGACAGGGCGAUGAUCUCGAGAGCGCGAUCUCUUUGUUGCAAGAGGCAGUACAGACCGUUUCCACCGGCCAGUCACGUCUAUCCGAGAUGCUAUGGAACUUGGGAAGCGCACAGAUGCGCCUCUUCGAAGGCUGUCAAACUCAAGCUCACUUCGAUAACGCUCUGGAGUCCUUCUUGAAAGGAACGGUGCAAGUCACCGGGCAACCUUCGUCCCGUCUUCGAUCUGCUUGGCGAUGCGCUGACAUGUUGCAUGAGAAUCCAUCAUUCAGCACAGCAGAUUCGCUCAUGUCUGCUCACUCGCGCAUCAUUGCCAUUCUUCCUGAAGUCGUAUGGCUCGGACAUGGCAUUCAAAGACGUUAUAAGGAAUCGUCACAAGUUGGGAACCUGGUCAACGCCGCUGUUUCCGCCGCGAUUGAUGCGAAUGCGUUAAAGCAAGCCGUGGAAUGGCUGGAGGCAGGAAGGGGGCUCAUCUGGACCCAGGUCUUAUCCCUGCGUACACCACUCGACGAGUUGCUGAAUGCGUACCCGUAUCACGCGGAAGCCCUCCGAAGUGUUCAGCAGAAACUUCAGAUGUCGUCCCACGAUACCUUCAUUCCGGACACACACACCUUUGGGGGUAUCUCGGGCAUCAGCGUCAACUCUGCAGCCGAUCUCCAUCGCAAGGCUGCUAUUGAUCAUGACAAAGUGCUGAAGCAGAUUCGCGGGUCUCCUGGGUUUGAGGACUUCCUGCUUCCAAAGAAAUUUGAUGCGCUCGUUCUCCCACCAGACCUCCUCAGCGGGCCAAUCGUCUUCAUCAACACAUUCUCCACGCGUUCACAUGCAUUGAUACUUCAUGCAGAUGGAACUGUCGCGUCGAUAUCACUGCCCGAGCUGUCGUCGGAGCGCGCGAUUUCAUUACAGUCCCUGUGGGCGAAAGGACUCGCGGGCUAUAGACAUCGCGGAUUUAACACAGAGCCAGGCGUCCUGCCGACUGAGGACGAGCUCGAGUUAAUUUCGGAUGUUGCAUGGGCUCUUCAGCGGCAUUCAGCUCUAGUGUUCGACGAUGAUGAAGUCGACAUCUUCACCCGCGUCUUGGAAUGUAUUUGGAGGUGGAUCGUGGGUCCAAUCCUGCAAUUCAUUGACCUUGCGAACUUGGCAUUCGCCAAUUCCAUGCCACAUAUCACAUGGUGCCCCACUGGACCGCUUACGCAACUUCCUCUCCAUGCCGCAGGCAUAUAUAGCGAUCCUCUCGGACCGCGCGCAUUCGACUUCGUCGUGUCGUCGUAUACACCUUCCCUGACAGCAGCGAAGCGAUGUGCCGAAGGCGUGGUGAAGCGGCAACCCACCCCUUCAGUGCUUAUUGUAACACAACCGGCAACACCUGGCCUAUCUCCGCUUCCCGGCACUCGGACUGAGGGUCGCUGCCUUCAAAAUGUGCUUGAUAAGGCGCACAUCUCCAGUAGCAUAUUCGAACAUCGCAAAGCGACGAUCGCAUCGACCCGAGCGGCGAUGGAUCAGUAUCCCUGGGUCCACCUUGCCUGCCACGGUUCGCAGAAUCUGAAGGACGCCACGCAAAGCGCGUUUCAUCUUUACGACGGCCCAAUGACCCUCGCGAACCUCAUGGGAGCUACUACCGACGUCGCAGAGCUCGCAUUCCUCUCGGCUUGUCAGACCGCCGUAGGCGAUGCAAAGACGCCAGAGGAGUCCGCGCAUCUCGCGGCGGGAAUGCUCGCGGUCGGGUACAAGGGUGUCAUCGCGACCAUGUGGUCGAUCAUGGAUGCGGACGCACCCGUCGUGGUCGACGCGUACUACAAGGAGCUGUUGCAGCUGAGAGGCAGUGGAACUCUCGGGAAGGGGGAGACGGGAGCGGCGUAUGCGCUGCAUGAGGCGACGAGGGUCUUGCGCGAAAAGGCGGGAAAGAAGGAAUUUAUGAGAUGGGUCCCGUUCGUACAUUUCGGCGUUUGA